CAGACAGAAAGUACUCCGCUGGCCGCGUGGACCGAAUUCGACAAGAUUCCCUCAGCACGCACUGAUUCUGUCACCCCGCGAGGCGUGGAGGGCAUAUUUAAGAUUACCGGACUCCAGCCUGGCACUGCCUACGAGGUGAGUCUGGUGGGUCAGAAUUCUGUCGGCCAAUCCGAUCCCUACGUAGUCCUCUUCAGAACCUCGGAGAUUCGG